GCUGAGGGGAGAGGACGUGUGUGUUGUUGUCCCUGUGCGCGGUCCGGACUGUAGACGUUGUUUCGCGAGCCAGCAACAUGUCGGAAAAUCACAUCACGGCGGACGGGGUGAAGUACAGCCCCGUCAGAAAGUCUGCUGACGACGAGAUGAAGGAGCCAUCCAGAUGUUCCCCCGCAGCCCUCUAUGCUGUGGCUGCGGUAUUAUCCCUGCUGACAGCGGGCUUCGUUGUUGGAAGCGUCGUCAUGUGGGGCACCAACGUCUUCGAGGAUGCCGUCCUACAGAAUCUCGUGAUCCGGAACGACACGCAGACGUUCCAGUGGUGGGUGGAUCCCCCGGUGCAGCCGCUGGUGCGAGUCUACAUCUUCAACUACAGCAACGCGGUCGAGUUCGAAGCCGGGAAUGCUGAGAAGCUGCGUGUCAACGAAGUGGGGCCUUUCGCGUUCAGGCAACACUUGCACAAAGUAAACGUAGCUUUCACCAACAAUGGCACUGUCCGGUACCAGGAUGAUGCGUCCUUCACUUUUGUGCCCGAGUUGUCUGUUGGCGGACUCAACACCACGAAGCUGCGUCUCAUCAACAUGCCGCUGGUGAGUGCCAUAUCGAUGCUGCGGAAAAGUAGCUACUGGACACAGAUUGGGGUGAAGGCAGUGAUGGCCAAAUCUCCAUUCCUGCACUUGGAUGUGGAAGAGUUCUUGUGGGGCUACCAGGAGGCCCUCAUGACACUCUCCAGUAUCUUCUCCAUGUUUGGACUGAGCCCCUCAGAUAUGCGCCUUGGCUUCCUGGAGGCUCGCAGCGGCAUUGGACGUUCAAUGAUAGAGGCAGAGACAGGAGCCCGUGACAUGAAACAGCUGGGCAUAAUUGUGUCUGUUGAUGGCGAACCACGACUGCGUGCUUGGGGUGACACAGAGUGCUCCCGUGUAGAUGGCACUGAUGGUUCCAUGUUCCCACCACACCUUGUCGAGCAGCAUGCGCCACUCUACCUGUUCAACAAGGAGCUCUGCCGUCGGCUGCCCCUUGAGUUUGAAAAGGAUCUCAUGGUGAACGAUAUUCCUGCAAGACGGUACAGGCCUCCACGAAAUGUGUUUGCAAGGGGUGACGUCAAUCCUGAAAAUGCUUGCUUCUGCCAGAGUGAUGAGUGUCCACCUGGAGGAGUCUUCAAUGCUUCACCGUGUGCCUUUGGCGCACCAAUCAUGGUAUCACUUCCCCACUUCCACCUAGGAGACAAAGAACUGCUUGAAGCAAUUGAGGGUAUGAAUCCAGACCCAGAAAAACAUGACAUUUAUCUAGAUAUUCACCCAACACUUGGAGUAGUGAUGAGGGGUAAAACGAGCCUCCAGUUCAAUGUAAGAGUUGAAAAAUCAAAAGUACUGACGCAACUGGACAGGUUUUCUGAAGGAAUGAUACUACCAAUUGCUUGGAUGGAAGUAGCCAUGAAUGAACUUCCUCCUGACCUGCAUUCAAUACUGUACAGUGCAACACAUACUGUGAACCUUGCACGCCAGAUCCUCCGCUGGGGUCUCUUAGCAUUGGCUGUGCUGUGUUUUGUGAUACUGAGUUGUACUCUGCAUAAAUACAGGUCAGAGAUGUGCAGCACCAGAAGGACAGAGAGUAAAGACCAUGUACUCAAGCCACUGUAGUGUGAAGUCAAAGGUGCCUACAUCUGGGAGUGCAUUUCUUCAAAGUGCUACAGAGUGUAAAAGUAAUUGCGAGUUUAAAGUUUUGCAUGAACGAUACGUGCAGUGUCGGAACUGCAAAGUCUCGCUGAUACUAUAUCAAAUAAUGACUGAGAGCUGUGUUCUGAUGACUUUCUUCAUUUUGAGGGUUGUCUGGCAUUUGAGUAUAGUUUUCAAAAGAAACUGUAAAAGUCAGAAAUAUGUUUGUGGAAAUGCAAUAUAUUUUGGGUGUUUGACAGGUUAAUAUCAGUGUAAUGUCAGUGAAAUGUAACAAUAAUCAUUAUAAUGUUGUCCCACACUUUAUAAUUUUGAAAUGCCUCAACUUCCCUAACAAAGUGCUGCUUUGAACAGUAUUAUGGAAGUCUGAAAUCUUCUGAAAACAUUUUCACAAGCAUACAACAUUUAAAGUUGUUCACUUUCGAUACUCUUGAACAACAUAAAUGUGUCAUUAAACAAAGGAACUUAAAACAGCUAUUUCUCACAAUAGAUUUGUGAAGCUGCAUUGUAUUUGUGGAAAAGUUUCUUUCGUGAAUGAACACAAUAUUCAAACAAAUGACUCCAUUGCUGUAGACACAUCAGUUUUUGCAAAAUAUGAACUGCACAAGCCUAUCAGUGUGUCACAGUCACUAGUGUGUUUGUGAAUUUUCCAAUACAAGGAGAAGCAUAACUUUAUUUGUAGUAUCCAAUGAAGACAACACUUCAGUAGUGGCCAUCAAAAAGCCAUAUUCAUAAUUAGUUGCAGAAAUACUGAUCAUUGAGUUCUAUAUUCAACUCUAUCUUGUCAACUGAUUCAUUCCAAUGGUUUCAGUUUUGUCUUGUAUAAACAAUAAUGUCAGUAUGGUCAUAUAUGAAUUUAAAUAAACAGAAGUCAAAGCAAAUGACUUCAUUAUAAGGUUAUAAUGUACAACACAUGGAUUGUAUCCAGCUUAUUGCUGUAACUCCUGUACACUAUUUAUGUUAGACUUCAAUUUGCAUUGUAUUCUUGUUUUAUCUGUCAUAAAUGUGCCAUAUCUCUUUGGUGCUUAAAGCCAAAAUGAAACAUUUUCCUGGCAUAUUUGAUCAUAUUCGGGAGAAAAUAAUAAUAAAUUUGUAAACAUGGUUUACCUUCCAGUAAAUAAUCAACUCUUGACAUUGAUGAUUUGUCAAAGAAUGCAAAACAGCUUUUGUGGCAAUUUCUUGGUAGCAUAUACUACACAAGCCCUUUUUGGCUCAUUUUUACAAAAUAUAUUUUUAUAAUUAUAUUUUUGCCACAAAUUAUUUUAUGAAUGUUUGCAAAAGGAUUUAAAAUACAUCCAUUUAAACAUCUCUAAUGUUGCAAAGAGAUUUGCUUUAAAAAUCUGGCUUUACUCUGAAACUACUAUUGGGCAUUAACUUCACAUUCGAGCUAUAUCACAUCAUCAAAGUAAAAUUUACCUGUUACAUGCAGAGCUAUGUGAUAAUAUUUUUAUCAUUAAAAGAAAUGUAAUUGCUUCCAUAUAUUUUGAGACAAACAUAAUUUUUGUACUUGUAUUGUUCUAUAUUUGAAAAUGUAUUUGCUUGUUUGCUAUAAAUUAUUAUUUUUUUGUAUCUGAGACUAUUAUAAAUUUACUUCUUCCAUAAAUUUUGUCAAUACUGUAACAAACUGCCUUAAAUGUGUGUAUGCAUGCAUGAGAAUUCCCUUGGAGACUGUGAUGAUACACAUCACAAAGAAACUUUGACUGAUCUGCAAAUCAUUUAAGCUAAUAAGAAUAAGGAUUUUUAAAACGGAAAAAAAUAUGCCAUUUACUGUAUGUGUUCGCUUUAGAAAGAAUGAGAAGUUUUAGUAUGGUUCCUUAACGAGCAGAAGAGCAUAGUGACAUUGCUGCAGCAGAUGCAGUAUCACAGGACUGAGAUUAUCACAGUAGUGAAACAAGAACAAUAGCACAUGUUAUGUCCAAGUACACAAUAUUUUGCGGAACCAUUGUUUGUAGGCAAUUAUUCAUUUUGACUAAUAGCUUCUCAUUAUUGUUUUGAAGUAUUUGUUGCUGCUCUGCUUGUCACAAUUAGCUAUGUAUAAUUUAAUUGGAACAUCAGAAUACAUUCAGUAAUUUUUACACUGGCAAAAGUGGGCAGUACUUAUUGACAUUCAUUGAUUUGGCUAUGAAACCCACUUA